AUGCCCCUUAAGAGAGUCCCUUUGAAUUGCUAUGUGAAGACGACGUUGCUUGAUAUAUAUGCCAUUGCUAAGUGCAAAGAUAUUUUAUCUGCUAGGAGGAAUUUCAACGAGCUAGGCCUGGAGAGGAAUCUUGUCACUUGGAACGCUAUGAUUUCUGGAUAUACCAGAAUAGAAUGGGAGGAUAUAGAAUUAGGUGAUUGGAUUGUGGAUUACAUUGCUAAGAACCAGAUGAAGCUUAGCGUUUCAGGAUACAGGUCUUUGAUGUUCAUGCACGCAAGAUGUGGAAACCUGAGCGAAGCAAAGCGGGUGCUGGAAGAAAUGAAUGACAGAGAUAUUGUCUCUUAUAAUACGUUGAUCUCAGCUUUUGCAGCUAAAGGAGACGGAGCUGAAACGCUGAAAUUAUUCUUAAAGAUGGAAGAAGAAGGUAUAGAGCCCGACCCUGUGACUUACAUUGGUGCCUUGACUGCUUGUAGCCGUUCUGGAUUACUCGAAGAACGGCCAGAGAAUAUUCGAGUUAACAAGAAACCUCACUAUUCUUGUAUGUAUGAUUUAUUGGGGUGA